AUGAUGACAAGCAAGAGUGACCAUGAAGAUCCUCCUUGUCUACGUCUGUUGAAGUUCCCCACGACCUGGGACCCUACUACAGUGACAGAGAUCCAUGUGAGCCUUCGACCCGAAUGGAGUCAAUUCAUGCGAAGAUUCUCCCUUGGGUCCCAACCGAGUGAUAGCAGUGCCACUCCGUUGACCAGCAAUGUUCAAAGAAGCAGACGAAGAAUUACAGAACCCAUCAGGCUUAGUCAGCCUCAGCAAUUCUUGGCGUCUCUGCGAGCCCUUGGAACAACAACAACACUACUAGUAACAACACCCUCAAAGGGACCCUCAAAGGCACAACAAGAAAUGGAGACUUCCUUGCAACUGUUGGAACAAGAAGGACCUGGAUAUCUAGCAGAAGACAGUGAAAGUACCGCUUACACUCUCUACAAGGAAUACCUCAACAACUAUCAAACAGAACAACUUGACACAAAUGAUGAUUUGGAAUUGGACAUGAUUCCCUAUCUACAACUCGAUGCCAGUGCUGUUCCUGUCAAUAGCUACGACACUACAGACUCACAGCGACUGCUGCUUCUUGGACAGUUACCCACUCACAACAAUUAUAACAACGACAAGGACAACUCAGACAACCUCAUGGCGCAGUUUGCCACGGACUGUUCACGAAUGGCAAAACGACUCGAUUCCGCCUUUGAUUCUUGGAGGUCGAAUUCACCUAACAACAUGGACGAAAGUUGGAGGAGUUUGUGGACUCCAACGACACCACCCUGCAGUACUACUGGGGAACAGCUGCACCAUGCCAGUUGUCCUGACAGACUGGACAUUGCAUCCACAACCGAUGCAUGUGCUGUUGACAACGCUAUAGAGGAGCUCAACGAUGAGACUGAACCGACACUCAGCAUCAAUGACAAGGCCUUCACAACUACCAGUACUACUAAUCACUACCAACACAAUCAACAGAUUCUUCCCACGGAGUACGACAAUGCACAGGCACAGUUCCACAAUGUCUUUCACGAGUUUUGGCACUACUAUUGUUCCGCCAUUACUCAGUUGCGAACACAGGGGAUUCAGGAGGAGAUAAUACUCACGGAAAACCGGACUUGCGGCUCGCACAACAACAACAACGACAACAACAACAACAAACAACACCAAUACUUGUUUCUUCCAUCAUCUUCCAAUUCCUUUCAAGAAGACGAGUCCUUGUUCUUUCCAUUGAACGUGUACCGGGAAUUCUGGCACUAUUACCCAGCAGCCAUUCAAGAGGGGAUUAGGAACUCGUCGUUGCACGGAAUGUAA